AUGAUAACACGACCGAGUACAUCAUCCGGGCCCGGAUCUAAUACAGCACAUGGCACAAGACCAAACUUUGACAAGAGGCUUUCUAAGGACGACCUGGCCCUUAGCGGGCGGAUGGGCAUGGCCAGGGAGAAAAGGGGGCUGCAGCCAUGCAUUACUGGCGUGAAAGGGCCCGGUCUGCUCACGCCCGAACCCAGCCCUCACUGGACGCGCAUGCCAACGCCGUCUCCCAUCUCAUCUGUACCCGGCAGGUUGCCGACUCCCGAAUCUUGGGCUUCCGGUGAGAUCCCAAUCGGAAUGGCGCUAGGAAGCCCAACGCAAGCCGCCAGCCCGUAUACCAGGAGCCCUUACCGCAGGGGCCCAGAUGCCGGGUGGAAGCCGCAAUCACAAACGCCAGCCCAGAGUUAUUCGUCUUCCCCACUAACACGGCAAAUACCAGAGCCGCCGGUUCAAUCAGAGCCGCCGGUUCAAAGGACAAAGACGCAAAAAAGAAGAUUAUUCGGGUCUCUGUUUGGAAGCAGGAAACACUCAGAACCCGCAAAGACCAUGGAAGCUGUUGAGAGAAAUCGGAGCACGGCUUCCAUUCCGGCAUCGGCAGCCAAGGAUGAUGUUGCUCCGGCUCGAAGCAACACUGUCGCUGGCAGGAAAACCCCGAAACACAGGCCUCUCAUAGUUAGGUCAAGGACGGAGUCUCACCUGGAGGCCGCACUCUCCGAGCCAACGACGCAGCAGGACCCAGUGCCGUCCCUCCCGACGAGUGGGGCCGGUUUGUUGGAUGUUGAGAUCCCGGAUAUCAGGCUAGAACGGUACAGCGUCAUGUUCAGCGGCGUACUAAAUCCAAACAGCAACAAGUCAUCACUGCUGGAAAGGCGGCAAGCUACUCUGGAGAAGCUAAGGACCGCCAACGACAGGAUAGAAGACGAAGAAGCGGAAGACGAGGCGAGGCAGCGGAGGGCAAGCACACCGCAGCCAACCAAGUCCCCAGCUUUUGCACUCUUUCCGGCAAUGCCGGGCCGGCAACCUGAACCGGCAGCGGCAACGACGUCGACAGCGUCAUCCCGUGGCCUCUUACGGUCGAAUACCGCACCCGCGCACAUCCCGUCUCCGUCAAGACUGAAUUUUGAAUCUAUGCCGCAUCAAAUCUCAUCGGACAAGAUUCCGCGGCGGGAAAAGAAGAUGGUCACGAUCGUCUCGCCAAGAACCAUGGAGGAGCGGAGUCGCGUAGAGAAGGUCGAAAAGCUCCGCGAACAGCAGCAUCAGCAGGCGGAGCAGUCUCGAUCCCAACCGCAUACCAAAGCAGCCAACACCACAACGACAUUCCACUUUGGCCCAGAAGAGUCCGCCCUCAUCCUGGAUUCACCGCAAAGCAUCUCUUCGUCGUCGUUUGUCUCGGAGGAAGAAGACGACGACGUUGACAACAGCCAAAUAGAGGCACACUCCCGCAAAGAAACAGUGCGCUCUGUAGGCCUUGGCCUCCCACUAAGACCCCGGCUGCCUGAGCCGCAAUGGCAGAUGGUCACACCACCAUCAUCGACCUCCUCCACCUCCUCGGCCACCAGCAAGCGAAGCGCCUCCUCCUCGGCAACGAGCACCAGCGGUUCCUCCGUAACCACGCGCCCGUCAAUCGACGACUUCUCCGUGACCCCGGCCGAAAAACAAACUAGCACCACAACCGCCACAACAGCAGCAGCAACAACAACAACGACCAAGACAGCAGCGGCACCUGCAACUCGAAAAAUCCCGCCGCUCGACGACGAAGAGGACGCGGCGCUCAAGGCGGCCGUCGAAAUCUCCAUCGCCCGCCAGAUCAGCAUCUCGCGGCAGCAGAGGACCAUGCUGCGGCCGCUGGCGCAGCGCGGGGUGGUCAUGUCUUCCUCCUCAGCACCUGUUGGUGGUGUUAAUGGGCCAAACGGGCGGGGGAGGAGCGCGACGGUCGGUGCAGGUACUGGCAUCAUUAAUGGCAGUGGCAACGGGCUGGCGGCUCAAGAGCAGGUCACCGUGGGGAUCGUCAAGGGGCGGGUUGUGGAGACGCGCUUGACGGCUGGUGGUGCUGCUGGUGGUGCUGCUGGUGGGCUGGGGGGAAACGGGAUUAGGAGGAGUGAGAGGGUCGUUUUGGAUGUUGUUGAGUGA